AUGGAGGUACAAGCCAUGGUGGCCCCCCGGCCAUGGGACCGAGUGAAGCUGUUGGGAGCCUUGGUCUUGGUGGCAUCCAUGGCGUCCUCGGUGGCAGGUGACACGCGUGUGGUGGGCGGCAUGGACUGCGAGCCCCACUCGCAGCCGUGGCAGGUGGCCAUCCUCGACAUGUACAAGCUCUACUGCGGCGGCGUCCUGGUGGCCCGGCAGUGGGUGGUGACAGCGGCCCAUUGCACCACGCCAGGGAUCACCACCAUCCGCCUGGGCAAGCACAACCUCUUCACGCGAGAAUGGGGCGAGGAGCGGAGGUUGGUGCAGAAGCUGGUUCCUCACCCCAACUACAACCCCAGCACCAAGGACAACGACAUCAUGCUGAUCAAGCUCCUGACGCCCGUCACACUCACCGAGAGGAUCCAGCCUGUCCCUGUGGCCUCCUGCCCCCCAGUGCCUGGCACCAGCUGCACCACGUCGGGCUGGGGGGCCACCACCUCUCCAGAAGUCUCUUACCCGGACGUCUUGCAGUGCGUCACCGUCACCAUCUUCUCGACGGCUGAGUGCAAGCGGUUAUACCCCGGCUCCAUCACCGAGAACAUGAUAUGCGCCGGGAGCCUCCAAGGCGGUAGGGAUUCCUGCCAGGGUGACUCGGGGGGACCCCUCAUAUGCAACGGGGUGCUGCAAGGCAUCGUCUCCUGGGGCGACCACCCCUGCGGGCAGGCGGGGAGGCCAGGGGUCUACAGCCGGGUCUACAACUACCUCGACUGGAUCAGGGAGACCAUGGCGGAGGACUGA